CACUUGACCUGCCGUGACUCGGGGGGAAAAGACGCUAACUAGCUCAUCAUAGUUAGCCAUCACCAUGUCGAAACUAACCAAGCUAUCUGGCGCCCAGGGGAGAGAAGAACAUAAAAGACGAGGAGAAACGGGACAAAGCCAUGACCACUUUUGACGACAUCUUGGAGGAAGUGGGGACGUUUGGCCGCUGUCAGAAGCGGAUCUUCGCCCUGUUUUGCUUGGUGUCCAUGCCCUGGGCCGGGGUCUACGUGGGCAUCGUCUUCCAGGGAUUCACCCCGGAUCACUGGUGCAGAGACCCCGCGGUGGUGGAGAGGAGGCAGACGUGUGGAUGGAGCCUGACGGAGGCUCGCAGGCUGACGGUGUCUCAGGGGAACAGAUCUGAGAGCAGCUGUGAGCGGUACGAGGUGGACUGGAACUCCACGGCUCUCAGCUGUGAUUCAGGGGAGCUGGCCCUCAGCAGAAUCCCAACAACGGCUGCCUGCAAGGACGGCUGGGAGUACGACUACGAGGGGAGACAGUCCUUUGUUACUGAGUUUGACCUGGUGUGUGCAGAUGGAUGGUUGGUGGAUUUGUACCAGGCUUCGCUCAACGUGGGCUUCCUGGUGGGGAGCAUCGCCAUCGGCUACCUGGCGGACAGGUUCGGCAGGAAGAUCAGCUUCCUGAUGUCCAACGUGCUGAACGCGGUCACGGGGAUCAUGGUGGCCAUGGCUCCGAACUACGUGGCGUUACUGGUCUUCAGGACGCUGUGCGGCUUCGGAGUGAAAGGAGGCUGGGUGGCCGGAUACGUGCUGCUCACGGAGCUGGUGGGGGUGGAGUACAGACGCACAGUGGGGGUCCUGUACCAGAUGUUCUUCAGCGUCGGCAUCCUCAUCCUCCCUCUGCUCGCAUACUUAAUCUCUGACUGGCGCUGGCUGCAGGUCGCCAUCACCGCCCCUUACUUCAUCUUCCUCUCAUACUACUGGUUUAUCCCAGAGUCUCCCCGAUGGCUUCUCUCUCAGAAACAGAAUGCCAAAGCUGUGAAGAUCACGCAGGCCAUGGCCAAAGAGAACAAGAAGACGCUGUCCAAGAACAUCGAGACUCUGACGGAUGAUAACGCACAAUCCCGCACCGCCUCCUUCAUGGACCUGAUCAGAACUCCAAACAUGAGAAAAAACACUCUCAUCCUCAGCUUCAACUGGUUCACCAGUGCUGUGGUGUACCAGGGUCUGAUCAUGAGGCUGGGGAUUCUGGGAGGAAACGUCUACAUCGACUUCCUGAUCUCCGGCCUGGUGGAGUUCCCCGCUGCCUUCCUCAUCCUCUUCACCAUCGAACGCAUCGGCAGACGCAUCCCCUUCGCCUCCGCCAACAUCAUGGCUGGAGCCGCUUGUUUGAUCACCGCCUUCAUCCCUGACAGCAUGUUCUGGUUCAAGACGGUGGCGGCCUGCAUCGGUCGGCUGGGGAUCACCAUGGCCUUUCAGAUGGUGGUGUUUGUGAACACUGAGCUCUACCCAACGUUUGUCAGGAACUUUGGAGUGUCUGUUUGCUCGACUCUGUGUGACGUCGGAGGCAUCGUGGCUCCCUUCCUGCUCUACAGGCUGGCCGUCAUCUGGCUGGAGCUGCCUCUCAUCAUCUUCGGGUGUCUUGCCUUCGUGGCGGGGGGUCUGGUUUUGCUGCUUCCUGAGACCAGAGGCAUGCCGCUGCCCGACACCAUCGACGACAUCGAGCACCCCGAGAGGAGGAUGGAGAAAGCCAUCCUGAGGAACCCAGCAGCGGACCAACCUGCUUCCCACUGUAAACAUAUGCAACAACAAAGAAACAGCUAUGGUUUAACUGCGACUGACAGAAGUAUUUUUUUUUUAUACUCUUUUUUGGAUUUCACUGCUGUGUCAAAGUUUCCUCUGAAUAUUCUUACACACAGACGAUUUAAGCCUCAGGGACGAGUGACGUUGGAUUGAAGUGUGUGAAGAGAGACGUUAAUCAUGUUAUUAUAAUUAUUAUCAUUAUUAUUAUUAUUAGGGGCGACUGUGGUUUAGUGUGAUGAUCACAGGUUCAAUCAACAUGUUGUUGUGUCCUUGAGCAAGGCACUUCACCCUAAAAGCUCCUGCGGGUAUUAGUGUUGCACGGUGUACCGAUACUUGAAAGGUACCGCGAUACCCUGCCGUUAAAAACGGUACGAUUCCUCCGUUUCAUUAGUAUCGGUACUUUAAGAAUGACGGGGGAAAGUACUCCGGUGAGAAAGCGCCGUUUUAAUAAGAGCCGUGUGUGUUCAGCGCUCUGCUUCCACUCCCUGCACUGCAGCCGUGCCUGCAGUCCCGCCCCUCUCAAGCACGCUCUAAGUGCCUCCCCUCUCUCAAGCACUCUCUCAAGCACGCUCUAAGUCCCUCUGCCAGAGCAUGUGAGAAAACGAGAAGCAUGGCUGCAAGUGGGAGUGCAGCUGCCGCUGCGUCUCGGCUUGUUGUCACAAAAGACGCCAGAAGCUAAAUUUGGAAGUAUUUGAGCUAUAUCUCUGACAGUGAGGGCAAGCCUACGGACACCACGAGGCCCGUCUGUGAGACAUGUUUUAGAUCCCUGCAAACCAAGGGAGCCAACACAUCAGACUUCGCUAAGCACCCGCAGACCGGAAUCCAGAGCUGUUUAAAGAAUUUAAAGACAGACAGGUUAGCGAAUGUGAUAGAUAACAUAAUUACAUCAUGCUCAAGCCCAUGCCUUCAAACAAGUGUAAUUUAUUUUGUGACAAACGAACGUUUUCGUAGUUUGACGAGGCAAUUCAUGGCAAUGAUAACUGUCUAAUAUGGCUAUCUUUUUAGCUAACUUACCAAUGUGGCUAACAUCUGCAAUAUACAUUUUG